UGACAAAGAAAACUCAGUCAGAUUUAAACCAUCACGAUUACUCCAAAGGAAGAGAGCAUUAAGUUUUCAGAAGGAGUUCUCAUUUGAAGAUAAAGAAGAACUUGCAAAGAGCACAAAGGAUAUUGAUGCUAACCUCUUAGCAGUACUUCCAAAAGUUUCAGAAUUAAGAAAACUGUUUGAGCCAAACAACCAAGAUUUUUUGGAAAUGAAAAGAAAAGAGAGAAUAGCUAGACGCUUAGAGGGAAUUGAAAAUGAUACACAACCUAUGCUUCUACAAAACUGUCCAGGAUCAGUCACGCACCGUUUACUAGAGGAAGAUACACCAAGGUAUAUGCGUGCAACUGAUCCAUACAGUCCCCACUUAGGAAGAUCAAAUGAAGAGGAGGAAACUUCAGAUUCUUCUGUAGAAAAACAACCCAGAUCAUCCAGAUACCGAGCAGAGGUCACAGGAAGUAAUACAGAGCCCUUGUAUGGUACAAGAACCAUGGAUGUCCAGGAACUAGAGUCAAAAGCAGAAAGAAUAGCUAGGUACAAGGCAGAGAGGCGGCGUCAGCUGGCAGAAAAAUAUGGAUUGUCGCUUGAUUCUGAUUUGGAUUCUGACUACUCAUCCAGAUAUACGCGGACAAGGAAAGAUCAUGACAGCGUGGAAAGAAAGGGAGUGAGAAGCGAAAGGCAAGAUGAUGAAAACAAGGACUAUGGUUCCUUGUAUUUGUCUAGGACUGAGACAAAGGAGUCAAAGAGUGGGAUUUCUGAACCCAAAGAUUACUCCAGCUGUGAAAAAGAUGGUGUUCCAGAUAAAGAAGACCUCACAAAUGAGAAGAAUGAUAGAAAAGCAGAUGAUGACAGUGCCAUUAGACAGGCCUCUGACCCUUCAGCAACCCUGGAUAGUUCUGUCUCCCUUUCACUUUCGGGACGAGAAUCUUCCUCCUAUAAUGAAGUGCCAAUAUCACCAAAGCAGACACCCAGAGAGUCCCUUUCUUCACCAAAGCGGGCAGCCUCACCGAUCCAUUUGCAGAAUGACCAGCCCCUGCACAGUAACAUCAGGCAAAG